AUGGGUCACAAUCACAGCCCCCAAGAUACGGCGCAUCUCAACGUAGCCAUGGACGAGGACAAUGCACAAGGCGCGCCUCAUCUAAACGAAGCCAUGGACGAGGACAAUGUACAAGAUGCGCCUCUAAGCGAAGCCAUGGACGAGGACAAGGACGAUAUAUAUCUAGCCGACGCAGACUCCGACGGGAGUACCGUCAAGAUGGACUUUGACACUCCAUCUGUCGAGAGCAACGACCCCAUGGCAUUCUCCGUUGACAGCCUCGAUUCCACCGUGGAUCUCGAUGGCGACGGCUUCUUUCUUGGUACCCAAGACAGGUCCGCUUUCUACGACGACAGAGGAUUUCUUCUCAGCAGCAGCGCGAAUCGCACGUCUCGACGCUCUCCCUCUUGUAGGACUGCUGAGGCACACAGCCCGCCUAAUAUUCCGCCCGGCCUCUCGUUCUUGAGCCAGCCAAGCAGUGCAGUCAGCGACCUACUCAACGAUGGAUCCAACAACCUAUCCAGUGUCCUAUCAAGGGGUCUAUCCAUCGGUCCAGCUCAAGCCGACGAUAUAGCCAACAGACUAUCAGCCAAUAGCCUAUCCUUUGGUCUGGACAAUAGCUUGCCAAACCUUUUCACCAACAGCGAAUCCAGUCGUUCCAUCGACCAACUCGGCGAACAACUCAACGAUCUAUCCAUCAACCAUCCCAGCGAGAACGAACCAAGCAACGAUAGUCACAAGGCCCCUUCCUGCAUCGCGUCGGACACAGGUUUUGAUGAAUUCGGCAUGGAGCUCAUGCGUUGGUUCAAGCCCUCUCAAAUCCAAGGCAUCCCCCCCGAUCGGCUUCUUGUCUACAACACCAGGAAGCAAUUCUCCCACCUACGCAAGCUCAAACCACACAACUUCCCCUUCCUUUCAGCUGGCGAUACCUGGGUAGACGAAGGCACAAUCGUCAUCUCCAUUGCAGCCCAUGAGAGAGCCGAUGGCCAGAUGCCGGUUGCCUAG